CCUAAUAUUCAUCCUUCAAUUUCAAGUAUCAUAACUAGGUUUGGCUUAACAAAACAAGAAUGGGUUCCAAGGCAUUUCUGUUUCUUGGCCUGCUUUUGGCUAUUUUUAUAAUGAUAAGCUCUCAAGUUUUAGCUAAUGAGUUGGCUGAGAAUGCAAAAAGAUCUGAAAACAAGAAUGAAGUACAUGAAGACCAAUAUGGUGGUGGAUACCCUGGGGGUGGAUACCCCGGUGGUGGAUACCCCGGUGGAGGAUACCCUGGUGGUGGACGUGGUGGAUACCCUGGUGGUGGACGCGGUGGAUACCCUGGUGGUGGACGUGGUGGUGGACGACGUGGAGGAUAUUGCCGGUACGGUUGCUGCCGCCGUGAUUACUAUGGUUGUUAUAGGUGUUGCUCCUACAAAGGUGAGGCAAUGGACAAAGUGACUGAAGGCAAACCACACAAUUGAUAGGAGUAUUAAUUAUGUGGAGCAAUAUGUGUAAUCAAAACUUUUGUAUCGGCAGUUAUGUAAUGUAUAGUAAUGCUCUUUCUACUUUAGAGCUUACUAAUUAGUAUGAACUAGUACUACGUACAAUGAAUAAAAGCCAUGCAUCUUGUGUUGUA